AUGAUGCCCGCGACGAGAACCCCGGUUCCCGGCCUGCCGGUUUCCUCGGAGGCGGGGCGGACCAACCGGACGCUGUAUGUGUUUCGCAAGACCGAUCUGCGGCUGCUGGACAACCGCGCGCUGGCGCACGCCCGGCGGCUGAUGGCCGCGGCGGCGGCGCGGAACGAGAGUCCCACGAUCACCUUUGUCGUGGUGUUGGACGUUGCACAGGAGUGGAACCGCACCGGGGAGGUGUCCCUGCUCGCGAGCGCGGGGCACCAGCGCCGCCGGUUUUACCGGGAGUGCUGUGAGGACCUGGAGGAGUCGCUGCAAAAGUUGGAGUGGUUGCGAAACAUCCAGAAGAACCGCAUCACCACCACGGUGAAGGCCGGAUUGCCGCGUUACCAGACCACAACCACCGCUUCGGGAAAGACUUCAUCAGCUUCCGCGUCCGCUGCAAGCGAAGUAGUAGAAGAUGGGGAUAAAAAGGACAAUGAGGAUCUCGUCCCCCGCCCGCGCCUCAGCAGCCAGGCGAACUCGUUUUUUAAAGACCAGUCCCCCCGGGUGAGCCUGGAGCUGGCCAGCAACAGAAACAUCAAGCGACUCGUCAAGCCGCCGCCAGGUCUGGAAGGAGAGAUCGAUGAUCUGGAGGCCCGUGUCGCAAGUGUACAACGGGAGACUAUAUCAAAUGCAAAAAUGUCUGGCUCUGGGAGGAUGGAAGUGGAACUUGUGAUGCGUCCUGUGGGUCACACAAAAGUCUGUGUUGCGUGAUCACCAAAAGUUGUCCUUUUUUGACCAACAUGAGCGGGUGUUUCUCAUGCAGUAUAGGCAUGAUAGAAACUUCGCAGAAUCUGUCAUGCUAGGUCCUGCAUUCCAGACCUCAUGGGGCAUGGAAAAUAUGCAUGACAAGUCUGCACUCUUCCAGACCCAGACAUUUUUGCAUUUGAUAGACUAGCAAAAAUUCAUCCAGUAGUUCUUGUGCCAAUUCGUGUUCCACCUCCGGUGGACUCAAUACUGCAUCUUCCAAUAAUAUUACCCAGCAGCCCGCUUCGUCCAGGAACAAGAUGAACACGAAGAACAGUAGAACCCCGUCGACGACGUCCAACAUCAUGCAACUCCCCACGGUGGCUGGUGGAGCCGCUGGUGCCUCAUCUUCUCUCACAACAACUACCUCAUCUUCGUCCUCCCCCCCCGACCUGCUCUUUUGCUCCGAGCUGGAUUUCGUGUCGUUUCUGAAGGAAGUGCACAGUUUCUUCGACCACAUUGUUUGUACGAAAGAGGUGGGUGUGCGCGAGGACCGGCUGGAAAAGGAGGCGAAAGAGUUCUGCGAGGAAAAACUCCACGUCGUGAUGGAUGACACCAUGAUCGCUGAGGAGUGGUUUCCCUUUCGCCUGGACUUCGCCAACACCGCGAAGUACAUCAGUUCGUACCCGCAGAAGUACCAGAACCAGUGGUACUCCCCGCCGCGGCACCGCGAAAUGACCUACGAGGACCACCGGCCCCGGCUGACCACGAUCAGCCCCGCCGCGCAGAUGCGGCUGGGGCGCACCCUGCCCAUGAUGAAGGACACCUACACCGGGUUCCGGACCUAUUUGGAGCAAAACAUGGACCGCUAUCAAAUGAAAAAUCUCCCCUCCCCAUAUCGAAAGGGAAGUCUGUGAUGCUGUAUUUGCGUACACAAAUCAGCUUUGUCUUGCAGUAGAGCACUGCAGGCAGAUGCAAAGCCCCGGAAGGGGUGGCUUGAGGUAGUCACUUAGCAUGGCAGACGUCUGCCGCAUUGGCGCAGCAGCGUGACAAAUCGCCUGCGAAAUGCGGCGGAAGCUCUGGCGUUGCCCUCUUGCAAGACAGACUCGAUUUGUGACCACAAAGCCGCAGCGCAAAUUUUGAAAAGCACGCCUUUUAUUCGAUAUGGGGAGAGGGGAUUUUUCCUCACAAUAACCGCGACGAGCAGAGCCACACGCUGGGGGUGUACCAGUUCGUGGACCGCUACUGCCCGGAUUUAGCGCUGUCUCUCUCCGUAUCAAAUGCAAAAAUGUCUGGAUGUCUGGAAACUUGUAAUGCUGCGUUGGGAGCAGUGAAUGCUCUGUAAUGCACCACCAAGCAUGAGAAAUAUCUGCGCUUCUUUGUGUUGCGUUUUUCGCAUGACAAACUGCGUUUCCUCGGUGCUGAGACAGGUUCCCUCGGUGCUGAGACAGGGAGUUUGCACAGAGUUAUUUCUACCUAGAUAACAACCUACUCACGUCGCAGCCGUCCCAGGAGUUUCGGUUGUUGUCUCUCGGUAGAAAUCACGCUGUUCAAAAUUUCUGUUUUGGAGUUUACCGGGUACGCGGUUAAGAGUUUGUCGACGUAAUUUACAAAGGGACGCCCUGCCCUUAGUUUCCCAGCAUGACAAACUGCGUUUUUGCAUGAUCGGCAAAAGGGUCUCUUCUUGGACACGCAUCACAAACUUUUUGGUCAUGCCAGACAAGCUAGCAUGACAAAUCUCGCAAUUUUCCAGACCCAGACACUUUUGCAGUUCAUACUCCGCCAAGGAGAUGGAGUCCGUGUACGGUGCCCGCCGCGAUUUUGGGCAGCCGUGUUUGGAUAGCGACGGGGAACUAUCAAAUGUAAAAAUGUCUGGGUCUGGAAGAAUGGAACUUGUGAUGCUGCAUUUGGAUUCCAGAAGAAUCUGUAGUGCAUCGGUACCAAGAGAAAUGUAAUGCUUGCUACGCGGAGAGGGCAUUUGUCAUGCGGAAUAGGUGGGAGUGUAUAGAGUGUAUAGAGCUGGUUUUGAAAGCCAAAGAGCUCGUUCUGAAAGUCAAAAUAAUAUUCUGGACUAAGUUGAAAAAGUCUCCGUUUUAAAACUCGGCACUGGUAGUUCGUUGUAUGUUUUCGUUCUCCGUCUUAAGUACGUCUUCAGCAACGUGGCAGUUUCGGUUCGUAGUAUCAUUAAGUUAGUAACAUGAGAUUCGUAUCGAAAGAAAGAAUCAACGAAAGAAGAAAAAUUGAAACUCAAAAAUUCGGUUCGUCUUCGUGUGUAUCUCGUCUCGUAACGUCUUAGGUUGUUUUAGUUUUAUACACCUCUGCCAGGUGUCGACACUGCACCUGCCAUUCGGCAGGAGGAGAGUCGUAUACUUUUUUGUCUGCAUGGGCUUACUUUUAGAAGACUGCGAUGGGAGGUCCCGCGGGUAUUGGUGAGCUAGCACCCUCGGGCUUUACCCUGCAUGACCAGGGCCCUCCCAUGUGAGCACUUACUUCGUACCUCCAGGCUUUUGGUUGGCAUCCUUGGUCGGAUGUUCCUGUUCUUGGUUGAAGUAGGACCCCGUGUGGCUGUAGCGUCUUCCUGCUUGCCCUGCUUAGUUUUUUGGCCGCGCCCCGUCGAACUUCGUACAAGAAAGCUUUCGUCUCUCCCUCGUACAAAUCUCGUCUCCCCUUCCCGACGUAGUUAAACCGGUUAUUCACUCCUUUACCUUAUCCCCCCCCUUGCACAGCUACAGCUAUCACGCUUUGUUAUUUUAGAAAUUGUUUUAGUGUUGGUUAAGUGGUUACUUUCAUAUGCUUUAUUGGUUUUAGUAGGGCAUGAUGCCAACGGGGACGGACAGCCCUUAGAACUCCGAUGUCAUGAAGGGUUUGCUAUUGCUGUGGUGGCAGUAAUUAAGCAGCUCUAUUUCCUUUUCCUUUCCAAAACUUCCAGGGUUUCGUGUGUACUUCGUAUAAGAACAUGACACUAAGCUCUCACAAGUCGUGCUGCUGGUUGGUUCGCUUCACCUUCGUCCACUCAAAUCAAACGGUCUCGGUCGGUCGUACGUAAAGUUUCGUUUAAAGUCUAAAAUUGCACUAAGUAUUCAUAUCAUCAGUUUGUAUGCAAGGACCAAUGCGAACAAAAUACAUAAUAUAAAUAUCUGCAUCGCGGGUCGUACGGAACCGCGCGGGGUCGUAAACGGGUAGGGGACGAACAGGCACCCCAAAACGAAAUUACCUACCUGAACCGAAAAAGUUUUUUCUUGCCGACCAGUGCGGAUUGCAAAAUGACUACUACUACCACGGAUGAGGAUGCGCUAUUACACUACCACGGUCUGCGCACGAGUACGGACGUACACGUACACCAAGCAACGUUAAGCCCUCAACCAGUGCAGGCCCCCGUAACAGAAGGCAUCUAUCAGUUACGCACAGCUGUAGCAGCACCGAUCCAACCGUCCCAACCCCUUCCCCCUACUUUUCGCGGUUUACGGACGUCUAUUGCCGGAAACGGACUCAGGGCUUCGUACACACGAAGACCACUAGAUUCCGCUGCUAUCAUUCAGCCCUAUACUGACGCGGUUGCUACGGACACACAGCCGGUCGGUGCCGGAGUUCCACAGCAGGUAACGCGACCUCCGUUCCGCCUUCUGUCUACAGAAUCCCAAGAAGACCGGUGCAGCUGGGAACCGGGAAAGGAGUACUGGACGUUCAGUUGGGGCACGCUCCGCUGGCAGUACGACUUCUUUCGGGGUACUUGGCGAUACGAGGACUCCAUCCACCGAGCCAACCAACAAAUCCAGAGCUGGGAAGACGCGGGUUUUCGGGUCGAGAAUGGCGAAAUACGGCCGCAGUCGUGAUCCCUUACUCUAGCUGGUUUACAGCUCAAUAUCUAUUGUUCGUCUCAUGUAGUUUUUCAAAAUGGCUUCGCACAUCCAGCGCCCUCUCAUGGCGGAGCCGAACCGAAAUUCUACAGUAGCUCGGGCGAACAUCAUCGGUCCUCACGUCCCGGCUUCUCGACAUGUUCCUUCUCUGUCGCUACAAGUGCUACAGAAGCCGUCUCGGCCAUUAGCUCCGAGCCCCCCGAUGGAAAACUUCCUACAUGCGGUGAGCAACUCGAUUGUAGCAGUCGCGGAGUUUUGUGAUGUACAACAAUUGUACACAAGCGACUUAUUCGCAAUAAAAAACGAUUUCAAGAAGGAGGGUUUGCCGGUGGCUUGGAUGGCGGAUUAUUCGAUACCGCUGCAGAUGAAGGCGGCAUCCUUCAAAAGACACGUCCUGGCCCCCAACAAUUGGUACUCGGAUCGACUACGACCGGACUUGUUUACGCUGGACCGUGCCCACAUGUUGCAGUGUUGUCGCGCAGCAAAAGGCAACCCAUGCAGUCUUUGCUCGUCAGCCUCCUCCGACCGUUUCUUACAGGUAAGCGGCAAGCUGCUAGAAGUGCGGGCUCGUGAGCAAAGGUCCUGUGAUGAAGCGGGUAACACUAGUCUGGUCUACUUGCGACGGUGCAGCUGCGGACUAUCAUACGUGGGCAAGGCCCACACGGGCGCCGGAGCGGGGACGAGAUUCCAUUCCCACGCUAACCAUGCCGAGCGGGUGUGUUUGGAAGCAGAAGGCCACCCGAUGUAUGCGCGCCAGAAGCUGUACCUUAGCCACGCAGUAACAACGGAUGUUUUGUUCUGUAUGGACAAAGUGGAAGCCAACCGCACCGCUACGCUUCCAGACGGCUCCACCAUGUCACAAAUAGAUGCAUGGGAGUCGUUUUGGAUAGUCGCACUCCGCACGUACUACCCCUGGGGUUUUAGCCUGGAGUUUAAGGACGUAACGCAUCCUUCGGCUCCUCGCCGUCGGCCCUGCCCCGAAGAUGCUGCGAGCAUGUGCCGCCGGCUCUCAGAGCAGGGCGAUGUAUUAAAGGUGCAGCGUCUGCAACGUAACCUCAAGCGAUACGUGGCGGCGGUGCAAGCAGGCAACAACAACUUCCUUCCAGAUACGGCUCUGGUACAGACAACUCACAUCGGUACCCCAGGACUGAUUAGUCCCAAUCCGGAUGCGGGCCGCAUCUUCCGAGAACCUGAAGCACCUCAAGCGGGGACUCCAGGUACCCAGGACGUUGGAAUUAGUUGCACGCAGGACGUCGGAAUUAGUUGCACGCAGGAGUCUGACGAGGUCCUGCCUGCACCUCACACCAGUGCUUGUGUACCAGUCCCGCGGGUACAAGUUUUCGUGGGUAAGCGCAAAUCCCAAAGACUAGUAGCAAACGAGCCGGAACUAAAACGCCGCAGUAUGCUGGCUCCGGAUCAAAAAACUCCCUUACGACCAUGCCGGCUGUCUAUGCGUCCUCGCCUGGUAGAGCUGCCUGCUGAAGCUAAAACUCCGCUCCUGUCUGCUGGCCCAGUAGUGUCGCCCUCCCGCAAGAGCAGCAUGGUGCAAGAGCUUUUUCGACGUAAAUUCAGCACGGUGCGGGGUAGUGAUGAUAAACGAACGGCACAGCGGAUGAUCUUCACUCCUGUAGAAGAAGCCAAAGACCACUUGCUCUCACUCGAUGAUCCAGGUGCGGCAAACUUACCUCUUGCCCAGACGGAGCAUCCGGAUGCGGCCUUCUCCACGAAACUACCAAAGACUGCAGCGGAAGUCAAAAAAAUCUUACUGGCACUCGUGUGGUUAUUCUUCACACUCGACCCGCCUCAGGAUUUUGCAGCUUCUGGUAGGUGGUUGCCGGUACCUUCAUGGCACAUUGGAGCAGCGAAAUUUAACACCAUUUCUUGGCUCCUCAAGAUACUUGCCGGUUGUAGCAAGCAGCUGCUGCGAGCACUACGACUCCACCUGACCACUGCGUACGUACUACCGCAACAACAGCUGUUCCUGCUCCAGGAACUGGUCGAAAGCCGCCUACGCUUGACGAAGUUGGCGGAUGACAAGCAAACCCGGGAUGGUAAGAAAGCGGUGAUCUUCUUUUACCACCACAAAGUGGUCGACAUGCUCAAUCUUCGCUCCACAUUCAGACAUGUGUUGAGCGACAGAUUCUUAGCAUUUACUUACGGCCCCCCGGUGUGCUUGACCACCUUCAGCCUGAGACUGAAAACCAUCCCCGCAUCCUGCUCUUCGUUGAAAUGUGCUUGCGCAGAUUAUCGUCGCUACUUCGACGAUGGAUGCACGUGGGGAGGACAUUUGGCGAUGCCCGCCACGGCUGCGAACAUCCAGGUGUUGUGCGGACCUGCUUUCGAUUCUGUGGUGUCUUCCAAGGUGGCACUGCUAAUGCGGCCGAAGUUCCGGGUCGAGCAAAAGUUUUCCGCUACGAAAUUGCUCGAGCGAGUGCCGAUUGCAGAUCAAGAGUUGAUCCAGGACGUACGCCACUUUUUCUGGUGCAAUGCGGUGUCCGAAGGCGACGAGCAACUAGCCGAAGUGGACUGGAACAGACACUGCGGACGGAUCUGCAGCCCCGAUUCCGGUUCCCGACGCCAACGGCCGCGUAGUAGAGCGGUCCGCUGCGUCUACGUUCGAAUGGGGCAAGUUCACCACUGCUUUCGACGUAGUACGGAACCUCCAGCAACUCUUCGUUUUUGGGUACUACGACAAAGCUACUUCUACCACCUGGAUGAUGUGCAAAAGCUUGUGCGCGGCGCUGUUGAUGGAGGAUCUGGGAAUGGCUGGUCGUGGGUCUUUCCCGACUGACACUAGCUCCGAUUACCACCGUGCAGACUUCGUAGAGCCGCUUCCUAAGACCAGUGUCCCUGCUGCUUCCGCAACAGUUACGUCCCCGGUGGCAGAGUUGUCGAAACCGAAACAGCCUGCAACUUUUCUGCCGAUUUCCUCGCAGGCUUCCGCAAGUAAUAGGGUAGUACGGAUCGAGGAGAAAUCUUCGGGUAAUCAGCUGGCGGUAGCUCCAGAAAUACUUUCCAGUCGCUCGGACGUGGAACGGAGGGACGGGUCCUCACAUCAGCCUACUCCGGCUAAUAGAGGACUUUACCUGCAACGAAACAAGUUCGGGCUGCCAGCGACAACGUCGGAUAAGAUCGAAGCAAUGGAUCGUGAUCUGAUCGAAGAAACGAAGAAUGAACUACACAACGUGAAAAACUUGAUGCAGUUCGUGCUCCGCAAAAGCGACCGACUCCUUAGCCUGGGCCAGCUCACUUCCACCGAUCAACCGCACGCGCUGAUGCAAGCCAAGAUCAAGCUCCAUGCAGAAAUAGAGGCGGCUAUUGAAUUGGCCCUGGAGAAUUUGGAAAAAGAGCAAGCUGGCACCAAGAUACUCCGGCAACUCGCAGAAGCAGAAGCAGCAAGAAAAGCAGUGCAAGCGGAGCUAAAACAAAACAUACCCAAGGCGUCGGUGCCGUUAGCCGCCUCGGUUAAUGCAGUCCAUGUCCGCCCCUUCCCCUCCGCGCUGUCAGGCAAGCGGCAGUCGUUGAUGUGGAAAAUUAGUGCACAUGCCGGUUGGAGAGUCAUCUCUAAAAGCCUUUUAAGAGGAAUUAAAGGCGUUGGCUGUGCUCUGGACAUGCAUCGCGCGGCACAAGCCGGACUCGAAAAACUAGCGGUUUUUGAUCUGCGAGCGGGAAUUACGCAAACCGUUACAAAACAAGUGCUGAAGCCCGUUGCGCAGUCGGGCUGCGUUGUUGCCUUCAAACAUCAGCAGCUGUACGCGUCGACCGCAAUCCUCGCCAAAGCGCCGAUCCUCCAGUUGAGCUCGGGCCCAGAAAAAUGCCAGUGGUUGUCGCCUAUCUUCGUGCUCUCAAAUGCAGUAGUUCAGAUACUGUUUAGAGACGAAACGAAGAGGAACUUCUUACAAUGGGCUGCUGAAUCGAUCAGCUUAGGUUUGUUCUCCAGUAAGCUGAAAGAAAACCCGCUUCCUGUUACGGCCCUAGACCGGUGGAUUAGUAAACACGAAGUGGCGGAACUGCUACAAAUGGGGAUGAAACCGGCAGGCGACACGGGUGACACCAGUACGACUCACACCUCCUUGCUGCUGGAUGCAGACCCACUAUCGGCGUUCGAGCUUUGGCUCGAUGAUGAUACCACGGAGGACCCCGGUCCCCCUCCACUGUCGAUCAUCGGGGCGCAGCCGCUAGAUACAUCGGCCAGCACUAGUAGUAACCUGGUCCCAGGCCCGCACCUGGGCGUGGCAGUUAACCUCCUUGACGUUGCGGCUGGACUUGCUGUAGACGAGGAAGAUGAGGACCUGCAGGUGGAGUCGAACCUAUUCAACGACAGCAGCGUCAACGCUAGCAACAGGUCGUUACUAAACAGUGCGGCACACAAGUCAAGCGAGGACGUGGUGUAUGCGCGUCCGGCUCCGGAACAGUGGAUGGAUGGUUCACACAGGAUGCCACCGCGUUGUGCUACACCACGGCAUGCCGAUGCGGAUACUCGGGCCCAAGAUUCCCCUCCCCGAUCACCACCCACACCUGCGGCUAGCAGAAGCUCAACUUCGUCCCGUUCCAGUUCAACUAGCAAUUCCGCUUCGACAAGUAGCUCUUCUUCUACGCCUACCCUUACGUCAUCGGAGUCAGAAGAUCUGCCUCCUCCGCCGCCACCAGUGUUCAACCGAGCCGAGCUCGCAAAACAAAUCCCAAACUUAAACUCACCUAGUUGUUGGAUCAAGCAAGGGGUAGAUAAUCGGGGUUGCAAAAUUCGUCCACUGCUGCCGAUAUGGCAAGCGAGGCGCAGUUCUUCAUUUUUAAGUUCUGAAUUUCCCCCGGCGCAGCAGUCGCUGCACGAGGUGUACAAGGCGACAUCGGCGGAGCAGAUCAACGAGAUAGUGGAGCGACUUAGCAGUUUCGCCCCGGCACUGCAUGCCAAGGUCAAGCAGCGCCAAGCGUCUGCACAUCCGGCGUAUUAUGCUGUCAUCAAGGGCCACAAGUUCCCGGCCUAUAAAAUGCGAUUUAUCGCAGCGGCUACGGACAAAACUGUUCUUCACGCCCCUGGCAAAGUCUUGCACUUGAUUUUGUCGGCAGUGAUGCAAGAAUUCAAGGCCCGCGUGUGGCCUGGGGCGUGGAGCGUCGAGAGCUCGGAAGAGGCGCUCUCGCGGGUUACGGCGGGAGGGUUCGCGGAAUUCGACGGGUAUGAUUUUGAACGAUUGUACACCGGUCUUGAACACUCUUUCCUUUGCCACAACCUCCACCAGUUGAACAGCUGUGUCUUCACGGCUGGCGGUUUCCAGUCCGUUGUUCUGGGGUACGACAAGAACCGCAAAGGGCCCGAAAAGGAAUUUGCGUUCCUGUCGCGGGAUGCUCCGUCCUCUUCUUCGUGGUCUUUGUCGGACAUCGACGCUUUGGUGCGUUGGUGCUGCGAAAGCUGUUACAUCGGCAUUGCAGACGUGCUUUUUUUGCAAGUCCGGGGUAUGCCUAUGGGCAUUACCCCGGCACCGAGGAUGGCGGACGGUGGGUUGUCCUGGAGCGAAUGCGUCUUUGUUACGUCCCCAGCAGGACAGCAAUGCCGUUUUUUGCAAAUUCUUCGAUAUCUCGACGAUUUGCUCUCUCCUGUGCAGCUUCCUCUCCACCAAAUAUACCCCCGGGCUUUAGCCUGCAAGCCCGAAACGAUCGGAACGGUUACCACCACCUUCCUUGACUUUUUCCUCGACGCCUCAAUUCCACGCCGCCUGUUGUACUGUAUGUACGACAAGACACGAGUCUUUCCUUUUUAUCUAUCGAAGUUCUCGUCGUCGGCCAGCGCGGUGCAUCCCGAAGCGCACCAAUCGGCGUUCUGCAGCGCUGUAAUCCGGGCGUAUAAGAGGAAUUACUUGGUUGUUCAUUUCCUCCGGGACGUGGUCGAGCUCCUGGCUCGGUUCACUUUGAACGGCACUUUUCGGAGCUCGUUCCCGGGCAAAGCGUGCAAGCUGCUCGUGUCAAGACACGAAGUCCCCAAGUGGUUUACAACCGAAAAACUGGUCUCCACACUAGGGGACUGGAUGAGGAAAAUGCAGUCCGAAAUCGCGACAAUUCUGAACCCUUCCUGGCAGCGGUUCCAGGCCACGGUUAGGGAGUAGCAUCAGCCUUUUCGGUCGAGCAGAGGUUUUGCACAGUUACGGGCAGUUUUUUCGGUCGGGCAGUUGCUUUUGCACGGUUCCUAGUAGCCGGGUCGGACAAUGAUGGUUCACACGGUACAGGACGGCUCGAAGAUUCCAAAAAGUUUCAUUACAAACGUAGUACACAGUAAAAGUCUCAGCCGUAAAGUUUAGUAAGGAAAAAAAAGCCGUAGCUGCUGUGCAAAGUUGUAGUGAAAAAAGUUUCAAGAGCAAGCUCUUUCUUUUUCUUUUAACUUGGCUCCACUUAUCGACCCUGGUAGUAAGUAAAAGAGUAGGGAAAGAAAACUAGCUUAAAUACUCUUCAAUGUUUCUAUUCCGACACGUGGCCGUCGACUUCGAACAGGUAGCCGAAAACUAAGCAAGCGCAAAACUAGUCUUAAAGCUUUUUGAUUUCUUUGCGGAAAAAGGAUUUGGUGGUAGGCGCCCCUUCACAACUGGUUGUUGGGUUAAAAAACAAAAUAAACACUCGGAAGACGCCCCGCGAAACCUCUUGUAAUCCGUCCGCCGUAGGUGAGAAAGAAAAGCAUGACCUUUAGUAGUCUUGUCAACAGACGUUAUUGAAGCAAAACAAAGCUGCAAGAGCACAACGAGCAGUACGCUACUGCACACACUUAAGUUACCGCUUCAAAUAUAGAUAUACCAAACUGCAUUAGUAAGUUUCUCAUGCCCACUACACUUAGCUACUAAUUUUUUCGAAUCAGCGUUAGUUUUAAACUUUGAGCAACUUUAUCUCUUAAUUAAAAUUAGCAUUUCUGGUACUAUAUUUAAGUAAACACACGACAACACACAAAUAAACAUGACGCAGUAGAUAUAGUAUUCUGUGAUUGUUGUUGUAGUUGCGCCGUAUAAGCUUGUACAUCGCAUUGGACACACUGCGCAAAUUCUGUGCAUAUUUUUCUUUUCACAUUGAUAAGAGUGAACAGUUGGUCGAGAUACGUUGCUACCACGAAAUCGAAAAAAGCGACGCAACUCGUCUAGUUCCUCCUGUAGUUCCACUCGUAACGGGUCGUAUUCGAAAGUAGUCAGUCGAAAGUUGAUAAGUCGAAGGAGUAAAGAGUUUCGCGGACGUGCCUGAGUCGGUGGGUCGUUGACACGCUAUAUAGUAAAAGUUGAAAGUACUAAGUAGACCGUACAGAGUAGCAGUAUGACAUAUAGUAAGGCAAAAGUAAGAGGCUACUUAAAACAGUAAAAGCUAGUAGCUUAGCAUUAGAAAUGUCUUUUCCAAGAGAAGAGCAUGUGUUUUUUGGAGUCAAAGAGUUAGAUUGGACAGUAGCAGAAGAAAGAUAUUUUCUUAGAUCCAACCUUCCGGGGAGCUGCUUUUACACAGUUCCAUCCCCGUCGCGCGUCUCUAACUGGCAGGACGACGACUACGCACCGUGGCAGUUACCGCGCCCUCACCGAUUUCAACGACCUGCUCCUCUUCUUGCAGAACUUGGUCCGGAUCCAUCCUUGCUGAGAACAUUACGAGACCCAGAACAGCUGCCAGGGAGAUUAUCUUUUGACACGGCCCACGCGCUCGACAUCCCGCUUCCGUUCCACUCCCACGAGACGAAACACGGAUGGUUCUCCGAAAAUAAAUUCUACGGCCAGCACCUGUUUUCUACGCCGCCUCUAGUACGUGCUAGACGCGAAGAUCUUCGCCAGGAACGAGCCUGGGUCAGGGCGUUCAACAGAAACUUGUCCUCCCCAGUACCGUCGUCACCACCAUCGGUGCACGCCCUACCCGCUAACACGGGGCCGCGACCAGUAUCACCGGAGAACCACACCAGGGUAAACGGUGUCAGCCCGUUUCUACCGUCAUCGCCUGACCAUCCAGUGGAUCGCACCGACUGGUCGAUCUUCAAAAUCGAACGUAUUUUAAGCAGUCCUGCUGCCCUCCUGGCUACCACGGUACGCGGGCGGUAAGAUGGCGUUAGCACACAACAGCGGCUCCAUCUUUGAGUUCAACCUGCAUGAAUACCGCAGGUUAGUGGGGAUCAGUAGUAGCUCCGUACACGAAUCACCGUUGCCGCAACUAGCUGAACAACCGGAGCCUUCGCCGGCGCAGUCCCGGUCGGCGCGGGAGUCGGUGGCUAGCAGCAUCAAGUCCUUCGGGGAAAACGUUUGUGUCGUGCUAAAUUUUGACGAUGCAGACUUCCCGAUGCCGUCGUACGAAAAUACGGUCAGAUUCGUUCCGAGUAAUCCCUUCAGGUGGAAACAGCAGGCACUCCAUGUACUCGACGAAAGCAUUGCGAUACAAGAUGCAACCAUGGAAGCCGCCCGAUCCCCGAGCCGGAGUUUUGAGCUGCUAGACUUUCCACCAUCCCCUCCGUUCGGCUACAGCCCGUGCCGAUAUUUCGCUUGCUUACAACAGUACCAGGACGACAUCAUCAUCCAAGUCCCGCAGCAAGAAAGUAUCAAUCCGUUCCUGAUGUCCCCCUACUCCCCGCUGCUGUCUAACCCAUCGAUUUUUCAGAUCGAGCAGAUCGAACUCGACGCGAUGGGCUGGCUCCCGUACACCCGCCACUUCCCGGACCCCAGCCCCCGUCAGCUGAGUACUUACGAGAUUAACCGGUCCGAAAGUGCCAAACGCAGACGGGUAGGUUCUCCGCUGCAGGCCACGCUACAAGUAAACAUUUCUCACGAGUGCCAGCAGUUCGUGGCGUUCAACGAACAACUUGACGAAAACAAUGUUUUACGGCAAAAUCGACUCCAGUUAGCAGCUAACCAGGAGGAGGACAGGGCACCGGGAUUGACUCAGAAAAAUGCGGUAGCCGAGCGAAGAGUUUUCUCACCGUCGCCUACCCCGUCCGAAUUGUCCCUGAUGGCUGCGGGACGGCUGUGACGCGUAUCAUUUCAAAAUGAACCACGCAGAACUCCAUCACGCGAUUUGGUCCGCCUCAUCUUCAAACUUCUUUCAAGUUCCUGCUCGACUACGUGAUGCAAUUUACGACUACUAACAUCUUACGAAGAAUACGACGCAAACAUUACGAACCACGAAAACACAAGAACUUGUUGAACGACGCGAAUGACACCUCCAAGCCAAGCAGUCUAAUACCAGCACCCGAAAUGCAGACUUCACGGCAGCAGACUUUCUAUUCGUUGUUUUUCUUUUUUCAUUCUGAACAUCUUUUUCAUGUUAAUGCAUAUUACAAUGGUUAAUGCCCAGUUUCAAUGUAGGUAAAUCUGUAUAUUAAGGUCUUGGACUAGAAUAAAAGAAACAAACGGGUCAGAAUGAAAAAGAAAGACUUCGUCUUGCUUGCAUAUAUGCAUUUUGUUCGCAGAGCGGUAUUAUGUGGUCCUUCGAUGCAUGAGAGUUAACAUGCACCGAAAUAACAAAAAUCGUAACAGGAUCAAAGUGUAUAGAGCUGGUUUUGAAAGCCAAAGAGCUCGUUCUGAAAGUCAAAAUAAUAUUCUGGACUAAGUUGAAAAAGUCUCCGUUUUAAAACUCGGCACUGGUAGUUCGUUGUGUGUUUUCGUUCUCCGUCUUAAGUACGUCUUCAGCAACGUGGCAGUUUCGGUUCGUAGUAUCAUUAAGUUAGUAACAUGAGAUUCGUAUCGAAAGAAAGAAUCAACGAAAGAAGAAAAAUUGAAACUCAAAAACUCGGCUCGUCUUCGUGUGUAUCUCGUCUCGUAACGUCUUAGGUUGUUUUAGUUUUAUACACCUCUGCCAGGUGUCGACACUGCACCUGCCAUUCGGCAGGAGGAGAGUCGUAUACUUUUUUGUCUGCGUGGGCUUAUUUUUAGAAGACUGCGAUGGGAGGUCCCGCGGGUAUUGGUGAGCUAGCACCCUCGGGCUUUACCCUGCAUGACCAGGGCCCUCCCAUGUGAGCACUUACUUCGUACCUCCAGGCUUUUGGUUGGCAUCCUUGGUCGGAUGUUCCUGUUCUUGGUUGAAGUAGGACCCCGUGUGGCUGUAGCGUCUUCCUGCUUGCCCUGCUUAGUUUUUUGGCCGCGCCCCGUCGAACUUCGUACAAGAAAGCUUUCGUCUCUCCCUCGUACAAAUCUCGUCUCCCCUUCCCGACGUAGUUAAACCGGUUAUUCACUCCUUUACCUUAUCCCCCCCCUUGCACAGCUACAGCUAUCACGCUUUGUUAUUUUAGAAAUUGUUUUAGUGUUGGUUAAGUGGUUACUUUCAUAUGCUUUAUUGGUUUUAGUAGGGCAUGAUGCCAACGGGGACGGACAGCCCUUAGAACUCCGAUGUCAUGCGGAAUAGGCACCAAGAAGCUCUCAAAAAAUCUAUCAUGCUAGGGCAUGCAUCACAGACAUCCGGGCUCAUGCAAAACGUGCAUGACAAGUGUCAGAAUCUUCCAGACCCAGACAUUUUUGCAUUUGAUAGGAACCUACGCAGCGGCUGCACAUGGUGCACAGUAUAUCAAAUGCAAAACUGUCUGGGUCUGGAAGAAUGCAAGUUUGUCAUGCUUGUCUGGCAUGACUCGAGAAUCUGUGUUGCAUAGGCCCGAAAGAGCCCUCUUAGCUGUCAUGCGAAAAGGCAGUUUGUCAUGCGGAAUACAUAAGACAUGGCAGCCACAAAAUUUGUCAUGCAUAGCUGCGUAUUGUGGCGCGUCUAUUAUUCACUUUUAACAUUACAAGUUUCCAGACCCAGAGCAGACAUAUUUGCACCUGAUACAGUAACCAGUGGUACAACGGGCAGAGUUAUCAACUGUAAAAAUGUCUAGGUCUGGAAACUUGUGAUGCUGGGUGGCGUAUCAUGAGGAGGCCACAAGUGCUGGCUCAGCAUGGCAAGUUUCUGAGCUUCUAGGUGCUAUGCCUAUUCUGCAAGACAAACUGCGUUUCUGCAUGAGAGAAAAGUGGCGCUCUUGGGCAAUGUGCAUGACAGAUUUGAGAGUCAUGCCAGACACGCAUGACAAACAUGCAUUCUUCCAGACCCAGACAUUUUUGCAUUUGAUAAGAGUCCGCUCGACGCAGUGAAAAACGUUUUGCCGCAGGUCUUUGUCACCCACGCCCAAUUGGUGCAACCGGAAGUUGUAGAUGAAAGUAGUGGUGCUGCAACUUCUACGUCGGGCUGCUCGGGGCACAACAACCAGGUGGACGCCCUGAUGAUCGCCGCCGGGAGGAUGAAUUCUGCUAAAAACUACAAGCACUCGGCUAGUGCAACGACAGCACGACAUAUCGCAAGAAAAAACUGUUUCACUGUAAACUUGUCAUGCAGAAAAUGUAUUUCACAAGUGUUUGUCUUGCUACACAUGCAAGACAGUGGCUUUUUAGCUUUGUUUUCCCUUAGGAUUCUCGCAUGGCAAAUUUUCUCUGUGAUGCAGAACAAACUUGUUAUGCAAAACCUGCAAAAUCAUCACAGUGAAGCACUUUUUUUGCACGAUACCACAAACGGUUGGCGCUGGUCCUCCGCGAGUGCAAAAGGUGUUCAACACGGACUACAAGUUGUAUGAAAGUGCACACCUCCCCCUCCCCCUCAUUUGUCAUGCAAACUUCCAAAUCCUCCCUUUGCCUGUUGGUACUGUUUGCAUGACAGAUUGUUCCGGACUCCGAAACAGCACUACAAUCCCCUAGAAAUUUGUCAUGCAAAAGCUGCAUCUUUGCCAGCGCUUGUGUUGCUGUUCAUGCAACACAAAUGAGGGGGAGGGGGAGUUGUGCACUGUCAUAAGUUGUCCAAGUCGACGUUCGCCCUGGAGCCGAAAACGAGCAUGGUCAUGGUCCCUCUGGACAAGAUUUUGUUGGAAAACGAGCCGCAACUGUUCUUCGAAUUCCAAGACACGCUGAAGAUGUGGCCGGCCAUAUCCUGAGUAAAAACGUCCCCACCCCAGAGUUGUCAUGCAAAUGUGCAAUGACAGGAACAGUUGUAAUGCGCAGCUCCAUGAGGGGCAUUUCCAGUUGUGUUUUGGAAUUUGUAAAUGUAAUGCUGUAAACAGGACGAGAAAGUGGCUUUCUCAUGCGGCUUCGCUUGCCAACCAGCACUACACUGCAGAGGGAAACUUGUCAUGCGCAGCUCCCAAAGCUUGGAGAUUUGUGUUGCUAGAUUCCCAACUUGGCUAUAGGGUGGGGACGUUUUUCCCCAGGAUAGGCGAGCAGCGAGGAGAACUGGAAAGGCGUGAUCGGGACCGUAACCGAGCCGCCGGAGGCGGAGGACCGGAGGCAGUGCCUGGCGGUCGGGGAAGACUCGGUGGCGGGAGAUGACCGGUACUACUACCGCGGCGGCGAGCGCUCGGGGCUGAAGCGUCUGCAGUACCACUUCUGGGAGACCGACCUGGCCUCGACCUACAAGCAGACCCGGAACGGGUCACUGGGAAACGAGUACAGCACGAAAUUUUCCCUCUCCUUGUCGACCGGGUGCGUGUCCCCGCGGACCAUUCUGCACGAGUUAUGGAUUGCAACUAUGUUGCCUGGGUCUGGAAAGUUGUCAUGCGUAUGUCCGAAUCAUACGCAAACUGUAUUGCGAAGCCGCGCAUGACAAGUUUCUGAGCGACUCUAUCUAGCGUUAAUCGCAUGACAACUUGCCUUUUUGCAUGACAAAGAAUUGGCACUGUAGCGCAACGAGCAUGACAGACUUUUCUGUAUGGUCGACCAAGCAUGACAAACCUGGCAAUCUUCCAGACCCAGACAUAUUUGCAUUUGAUACGAGUUGGCCAAGUACGAGAUCGACCGAUUCCGAAUAUGCACUGCAAAAGUAUCGUACUAGUACGUAAAAAUGGCAUUACAAAUUGGCGCAGCAUUACAAAUUAGAUUUGUAAUGCGGAUUUGACUUGAGAAAAAAAUUUGUAAUGCAUGACUGCGAUUACUGCUAACUAGUACGAUAAUUUUGCAAUUCAUACCGAAACGACAGCACCUACUGGAUCGUUUUCGAGCUGCUGUGGCGCGACUUUUUGCACUUUGCCAUCCGCAAAUUCCACGAGAAGUUUUUCGACGAGGGGGGCAUUACGGGGAAGCUGCGGAGCUGGGAGAGCUGCACCCUCCGCCGGGACCGGAACUACCUGGCCUUAUCCAUUGCAAAGAUGUCUGGGUCUGGAAACAAGUUGGAACUUGUAAUGCUGGUCUUACACUCCUGUGAGAUCUGUAUUGCAUGACCCAGAAGAGUCGCAGCCACUCUUGUCAUACAAAAACGCAGUUGUUUCUCAUGCGGAGCGCGUAUGAGGAAGUGUUCUACAAAUUUGUCAUGCUCUCGUGCGUGAGGGAGCGUUUUCGUCAUGCACAUUUUAGCAUCACAAAUUUAUUCCAGACCCAGACAUAUUUGCAUUUCAUAGGCCUGGUGCAAGGGCGAAACGGGGAUCCCCUUCAUCGACUCGGCCAUGAAGGAACUCAAAAAGAUAUCACAAGGAAAAAUCCCCCCUCCCCAUAUCAAAAGGAAGUUUCUGAUGCUGGAUUUGCGUAUGCAAAUCAGGUUUGUCUUGCAGUAGAAGACUGCAGGCUCCUGCCAAGCCUGAGUAGAGAGCUUUUGGCCUGGGCGCUUAGCAUGAGAAACGACUAGGCUGUAGGCCCAACAGCAUCACAAGCCGCCUGCAUAAUGCGGCAGAGCCUGUGGCGUUGUCUUCUUGCAAGACAGACGUGAUUUGUGGUCUCAAAUCAGCACGACAAAUCUUCGGAAGCAUACCUUUUCGAUAUGGGGAGGGGGAGUUUUUCCUCUCAAUAAAAGACCGGGUUCAUGUCGAACCGGGGACGGCAAAACGUGGCCUCCUUUCUCAUCUACAAUCUGAAGAUCGACUGGCGGUUCGGCGCGGAGUACUUCGAACACGCUUUGAUUGACCACGACACGGCCGCGAAUUACGGGAAUUGGCUCACGAUCGCGGGGAUCGGGUUCCAAACCCGGGAUAACAUCUUUAACGUGGUGAAGCAAAGUAGACAAUACGAACAGACCGGGGCACACAUGCGGUACUGGCUGGAAAAACCCAUGGCGGAAGCCAAACAGGUAUAGAACAUGAGUAUAGAGGUUUUUUGGAGCACCUACGUACAAAAUUGAACAAAUUCAAACUUACCGCCGAUGGUGAUCAUCAUUUUACACGGUAGGAAUAUUAUCAAGCACGAGGAUCGGUUGACUUCAAAAAUCGGCGCUGUGACAAUCGGCGUUGUUCCCAAGUUCUUUCGCAAAACGUGAAAAAAAAGUAUACCGCAACUACAUUUCCACUAAUCUAGGUGAUGUUGCGCAUCGCGAGAGAGGAGAAGGAGAACAAUGCGGACGGCAUAUCAUAUGUAAAAACGUCCCCAUCCCAUAGUCAAGUUGGGAACUUAGCAACACAAACCCAGAAGUUGUGGGAGCCACGCAUGACAAGUUGCAGUCCGUAGUGUCGUGCAUGUGAGCAAGGACAACCGCAUCACAAAUCCAUCUGCUUAUCCUGUUAGCAGCAUUACAAAUUCCAAAACACGAAUGGAAAUGCCUCUCUUGGGGAUGCGCAUUACAAAUGUUCCUGUAAUCGCAAAUCCGCAUGACAACUCCGGUGUGGGUACGUUUUUACACAGGAUACGGCAGUCCCAAGUUGAAGCCCACGGCGCUGCCGCUGCCGGACAUCGAGAUUCGCACGUACAUAUGCAAUGCAAAAGCAUCGUACUAGUAUAAAUCGCAUGACAAAUUUUUUCAGCAUGAGAAAGAAAAUUUGUAAUGCGGAUUUAACCUGAGAAAGAAAUUUCAAUUUGUAAUGCAUGAAUGCGAUUACGAUUAGUACGAGUGCGAUACUUUUGCACAGGAUAGUACACGAAGACUUCGCCCCCGGAGCCCGAGCAGGACAAGGAGGACGCGUUUGUGCUGCUAUCAAGUGCAAAAAUGUCUGGGUCUGGAAGGAUGUAACCUGUGAUGCGCAUUUCAGAACACACAAAAAUCUGUCAUGCAUGGGUAGCAAAAGCUGCCCACUUUCUGUCACCAAAAUGGGGGAUUUGGCAUGCGGGUUCGGCAUUGCGGAAGCUUCUCGAAACCUGUGAUGCUAGAGCUUCCAUGCCAGACCUUCCGUGUCAUGCAGAAACAGCAUGACUCUUCCAGACCCAGACAUAUUUGCAAUGCAUAGCUGCGCAUGCUGUACCACACCCCGUGGGAAAUCCAGGACGAGCGGAUCCGCGAGAAAAUUCCCGCCGUCUACAAGACGCCCAUCAUCGUGCCCAAGGACCAUUUUCUGUACAAGGUAAGCGAUUUUGCGGAGGACGCGCCACCGGUCAUCGUGGGGCGGAAAGCGAAAAAAGCGUACUACGCGCUGCUGGCCGAGGCACGGGAGCAGGCGAACAAAGAGAACGAGGGGCUGACUACAACCGACGGGGAGAACAUGGAACAACAGGAGAAUCAAGGGACGGGAGAAAAUAUCAGUUCACAUCAAUCUGGGGGAACCACGACCACUGCAUCGACGGCGGGUGGGGAGAAAACUCCGGGAGGAAGCUCGCUGAAAGGGGUAUGACCUGCUCAAACGUUACAAUCUCAAACGUUACAGUAGAAUUUGGAAAUCUGUGAUGCAAGAAGUGCAUGAUCUAGCCAAGUCGCAUAGGACUGCGCAUGACAAGAUCCGGAGUCCCAAACCGCACUACAAUCUGCCGAAAUUUGUGUUGCAGAAAGUAGAGUGGUCUGCGAGUCUGUGGAGUGGUCUGCGAGUCUGUCAUGCUCAUUAUGCAAGACAAAUUCCAGACUCUAUUGUAACGUUUGAGAUUGUAACGUUUGAGCAGGCCAUAAGCGGAAAAGAUCGUGGUGAAUGCCGACGCGGAGGAGGAGAGAAUAUGGAUUGCAAGAAAUAUGUCUGGGUCUGGAACACUGCAACUUGUCAUGCUAAGUCUGGACGAUGCAAAAAUCUGUGUUGCGUGAUUGCCAGAAGCUGCCCACUUUUGACCAACGUGCGAGGGAGUUUCUCAUGCAGGACAGACAUGAUAGAGUUCUCACAGAAUCUGUCAUGCUAGGUCCUGCAUUCCAACCCUUGGGCGUCAUGGAAAACCUGCAUGACAAAAAACCGUGGAGGGGUCUUCCAGACCCAGACAUAUUUGCGUUUGAUAGAGAAGCCGAGUGAACUACCAGGACAAGGAAAACAACAUCCUCGGGCUGCACCAGCAGCAGGUGAAGACGACUUCGUCGAGCAGUGCUCUUCUUACCAAAACUCACAGUAAGACGCUGACGCCCACGGCCGGAUCUACAGCUACUUCCAAGACGUUGGCGAAGAAUAAUAAUAAAGGAACAGCAGCUGCUGCUGCACACGAGGACUUUUAUAAUUAUUCGACGAAGAGCAAGAACAAGCUGCACAACCACAACUACAGUGGGGGGAACAAUCGCGGGGGGUCUUCUGCUGGGUACAACAAAGCCACCGACUCGUAUAAUUCUUACAAGAAUUACGAGUACCCAGUAGGGAAUGCCACUGACCAUUACGACGCGUGGCAGUAUCCGGGUAGCAGUUCUUCCAAUCACAGCUACUACAACAACAAGCACAGUUCAUCUUACUACGGAACAGAAAGCAAUGCCGGCCCCUCUGGAGGUGGUGGCUACUACAACGGCUCGUCUUCAACGUCUUACAACAAGUACCACCAGAAUCAACACAAUAAUUCCUCCUCGUACGGCGCAACUCCUAAUUCCUGGCGUACGACCAGCGGGGGCGAUCCUCUGGGGGAGCACCAGAGAAACUACCCGACUCAUCUGGUCUCCGAGGAGCGGCGGCGACAGAUGGCUCUGCAGGAGAACUGGCGGGCGCAGCAGGCACAGGGUUGGAAGCAGAACCAGGAGCGGUUUGGCAACGGAAAGGGCGUAUGAACUGCAAAAAUGUCUGGGUCUGCAAGAAUGCCAGACUUGUCAUGCAAAUUUUCCAGGAGCUAUAUCGUCUGGAAUGCGGGACCUAGCAUGACAGAUUCUGUGAGAUCACUAUCAUGCCUAUCCUGCGCGAGAAACUUCCUCUCAACUUGGUCAAAAGUGAACAGCUUUUGGUAAUCACGCAACACAGAUUUUUACAUGAUUCAGAUGUAGCAUGACAAGUUCCAACCUUCCAGACAUCCAGGGAUAUUUGCAUUGCAUAGGGCGGGUGGAAUUACAACAGUUCUUCCACAACCAGCACCGGUAUCGUGAAGAAAAAUCCCCCCUGCCCAUACUCACAAUGGAAGUUUGUGAUGCUGAUUUGUGGCCACAAAUCAGCUUUGUCUUGCAUACGAGGCAAAUGGGACCCGUGUGGCGCAUUCCACAGCCAGGCUGUCAUGCGCUUUUGCGUACUGCAAAGCUGUCUCUCAUGCCUGAGUGCUAGCGUUUUGCAUACCUAAUCAGGCUUCGGAAAUGCCUGUAAGCGCUUGCUGCAAUACAGCGCUGAUUAGUGUACACAAAUCCAGCAACAGAAAUUUCCGUUUCAAUAUGGGGAGGGGGCUUUUUUCACUUUGAUAACCGGCGGCGCUUCCUCCUCCACGCCGAAGGAGCAGACCUCCCUCGUCUCCGCUGGGUCCACCACGAGUACCAACCCCUCCCCCGGAUCCAGCACGGCCGGCAGUCGUGGCCUUAGGAAAGUGGACGCGCUGAUGUAG